AUGUCUGAACAUAACAGUGACCCAUGUGGUCGAAUGGGAUCAGACUGUUUAGCUUUUAAAUGGUGCUCAUCAUGCCAGGAACUCCUAUGUGCACGUUGUUAUAACUACCAUAGAGUACUCGGUGUAACUAAAUACCAUACUUUUAUUACCGUUGACGAGUAUGAAGCAAUACUACCGUUUAUAGCAUCAGUUCAAAUGAAAUGUGGAGAACAUUCAAAUAAAGAAUACAAGUAUUAUUGCAAGACACACGAUUGUUCUUGUUGUGCAAUAUGCAAACGAAAGUAUCACUUUGAAUGCAAUAAUAUUCAGAAAAUAGAUGAAAUCAUUGAAGACAUAAAUACACAAGAAUCAUUUCAUGGGUUUAAUAAUAGGAGUCAACAAAUAGAACAAAAAUUAAAAAAACUAACAUAUAUUACCGAUACGAACAUUUCAAUAUUGGAUAAAAAAAGGAAAGAACUUUUUACGCAGCUACAUGCCAAUCGUUUGAAAAUCAAUAAUGCGUUUGAUAGUUUUGAAGUAGAAAUAAAGCGCGAACUAAACCAGAAUUUUGACUCAGAGAGAAAGAGACUUUUGGAAAGACGAAACGAAUAUUUACAGAAAAUGGACGAGCUUAAGAAAGAAAAACACAUCAUUGGUAACGUGGCAAGUAUUGAAAUCAAAUCAAACAAACAAUUGUUUCUACUUCAAGAACAAAUGAAUGAUGAGCUGAAAUUGAAAGAAAGUGCAGUCAAAGAUUUGAUCUCUUCACUUGAAGAUGUUAGUUCAGAAUGCAAUGUUGAUUUUGACAUUGAUAAGCACUCAGGUUGCCUAAUGUUGACGAGAACAGUCGCGUUUCACAGAAGUCCAUCUGAAAUAGAUUUAGAAGUAUUGCAUAUUGAGAGUGAAACUGAAACGAUAGAAGUUAUGGAAGAAGAUGAAAUGCAAUAG